AUGGCUCGUGGCUGGUCCCGAUUCGCCGUCGCCGCGCUCGCGCUACAGGCUAGCGGCGCAGGAGCUUCCCUAUCAGCGGCCAAGUCCAACGACCCCAGCUACUUUAGAUGGGAUGACGUUGAGCCCUCGAGCCAGCUCGAAUAUCACGACUGCUAUGGUCGAUUCAAGUGCGCUCGUCUCCUCGUACCACUUGAUUGGCUCGACGAGGACAGUCCGCACAAGGUUGCCCUUGCCAUCAUCAAGCUCCCAGCCACCGUUCCCGACACGGACCCCAGCUUCGGAGGCCCUGUCCUUCUCAACCCCGGCGGCCCCGGUGGAAGCGGUGUCGGCAUCGCGUUAAGCUGGGGUCCUCGCCUGCAAAAGAUUCUCGAUGGCGAGAAGCACUAUGAGAUGAUUGGCUUUGACCCUCGCGGUGUCGCAUUCACCACUCCUCGCGCCAAUUGCUACCCUGACCUCCUAACCCGGGCGACCGAGCUUCUUCAAGCUCACAGCAUUGGUAACCUUCGUGUUGAGAACCCCAGGCUCGCUUGGCGACAUGGUCUGAGCAACGCUUAUGGGCAGCGGUGCGAAGAGACGCUGGGCGAAGAGGGAGGUAUCUUGGGCUAUGCUAGCACGGCAUCCGUUGCGAGGGACAUGGUCGAGAUCAUCGACAAGAUUGAGGAGCUACACGAUGGGGAGAAGGCAAAGGCCACUAGACAUGGCUCUGGGCAGGAAAGGUUGGGUGAUGAUGAGGGCAAGGGCAAGAAGGAGCCCGCCAGGCUUCAGUACCUUGGAUUCUCGUACGGAACCCUUCUGGGCAAUACAUUUGCUUCCAUGUUCCCCGGACGUGUGGGCCGCAUGGUUAUUGAUGGAGUCGCCGACAUUGACGAUUACAUGGCUGGGACAUGGUUGACAAAUCUUAUGGACACCGACGAACUUCUCGAUGCCCUCUACAAGUCAUGUUACAAGCUUGGUUAUAAGAAAUGCGCUCUUGUCGAUGGCACUGACAAGAGUUGGGAGGAUAUCAAGGCCAAGGUGAACAAGGCGCUAGCUCGGCUGGCCAGAUCCCCCGUGCCAGUCAAGACAUCCGGCGGCACCAUCCUCCUCGGCGAAACUGAUAUUAGCGCCUUGGUAUUUGCGUCUCUGUACAAACCAAAUAUCCUCUUCCCACUCAUUGCAUCGGUCCUCGCCACCGUGGUUCGUCAAGAUUACCAGGAUCUAGCCUCUGUGCUAGAGGCUCUGUUCCCCGCUAUUCAGAACUACUGCCCUCUCUGCACCACUCCCGACUACGUCCCCAUCUUUUCUUUCGACGCUCAGCCGGCCAUAUCCUGCGCCGACGGUGAAGACGGAUCCCUCCUGUCCCUCGAUGACUGGACCGACUACUUCGCGCAGCUCAACAACCAGUCCUCCAUCAGCGCGCCCAUCUGGGCCGAGAUCCGCUUCCGAUGCUCUGGGUGGCGCAACCGUCCCAAAUACCGAUUCAUGGGCCCCUUCGAAACACCCGAGGCCGACCCCACAAUCGUCGACGGCAAGCCUGCGGCGCCCAUUCUCUUCCUAACUUCACGUCUCGACCCCGUGACGCCGCUACGCAACGCCUUCGCCAUGUCGAAGCGCCACCCGGGCUCCUCUGUCGUCAUCCAGGAAUCCCUCGGCCACUGCGCCCUCGGAAGCGGUGUCAGCCAGUGCACCGAGAAGAUUGUGCGGGAGUAUUUCGAGACGGGCAAGCUUCCCAAGUCUGGCACCGUAUGCGAGGAAGAUCACGUGGCGCUUUCGGCCGAGGCGAUGGCGAGCGCGGCGAGGGACACGGCGCCGGUUGUGCCGUUUGGCAUGCCGGGCUUUGCGUCUGAGGACCUUUUGGAGAAGAUGAUUGAGUUGAAUGCGGUUUGGGCGCAGAGUGUUGAGGAUGUUGAGGUGAGUGACCAGGAGACUUGGGAAGUUGGUGAGUUGUGA